AUGUCGCAAAGCGCGCCCCUGUGCGUGCGCCCGCCCGAGGCGCUGCCGUAAAGCGAGGCCGGGAAGAUGGCGGCGCGCUGGGCGCUGGGCGCGGGUGCUGCCUGGGCGCGGGGUCUCCUCAGUUGGGCGCGGCCAGAGAGUCAGAAGUGGCUGCCCAGUGCUGCUUUAUCCAGGCAGCAGGGGGCAAAAUGUAGCUUGGUUGUCCAAAAUCUGAGGUGKCUGGCRUCUGGUAGCCUUUUUCCUCUGUCAUGCAUCCACACAAGCACAUYUCUGCAGAAAAUUGGGAAGUGGGAGAAAAAGAACAGGAUUGUUUACCCCCCACAGCUGCCAGGAGAACCUCGCAGACCAGCGGAAAUMUAUCACUGUCGGAGGGAAAUAAAAUACAGCAAUGAUAAGAUGUGGUAUUUGGCAAAACUGAUAAAAGGAAUGUCCAUUGAUCAGGCUCUAGCUCAGCUGGAAUUCAGUGACAAAAAGGGAGCAAAGGUGAUCAAAGAAGUUCUGUUAGAAGCACAGGAAAUGGCUGUAAGAAAGCACAAUGUGGAAUUCAAAUCCAAUUUACAUAUAGCGGAGUCGCAGACGGGCAGAGGCCGCUACGUGAAGCGGAUCCGGUGCCACGGCAAGGGCAUGUUUGGAGUCAUGAAAAUCAGCAGGUGCCACUACUUUGUGAAACUGGUGGAAGGUCCUCCUCCUCCCCCAGAGCCACCAAAGACUGGCUUUGACCAAGCAAAGGAAUAUGUGCAGCAGCUACGAAACAGAACCCUUGUUCAUACACUGUGACACACUUUUGGGGCUGUAUAGGUAUUAUCCCUUGUCAGGCAAUGUAAUUAUAUAAAAGAAUAAUUAAAAUCAUGUUUUAGUUAUGUCUUUGGUGCUGUUGGAGCUGGAUGAUGUGAGAACCAUCAGAGGGUGUUUUCUUACUUGUGAAGCCAUGGGUAUACAAAAAUCUUGGAGCAGCAGACGUUACUUUAUCUGAGUUACUUGGACCACAGCACUCAAGCUCAACCCUGGAYUCUCAAAUCUAGAGCACAUGGUGAUGUUACAAAGCUCRGUGUCUCUGUUUURURUGGUGGGUCUGUUAUUGUAAAA